CUUUUCACCUUUUCAUUUUUCAACCCCCUCUCCAUGCUUACACUGUCACUGUAGGGCAUGCAAGAGUAGUGGUAAAAAGACGUUGCCCGCAGCAGCAGCUUGCCUACACCUUCGCCUAGCUCUCCUCUCAUAUCAUCCAUCUACUCAGAGAGAGACAGCAGGGAGUGAGUGUGUGAUACGGAUGACGAUGUGCUCCGUCCUUUCUUCCUAGGAGAAGUUGCAUCAUCAUCAUCAGCCGCUUCCGUUGCUAGAUAUAUAGCUAUCUCUUGCAAAAAUCUAUCGUUGGUUCGUCUUGGCUUGUUGCGCCGGUCGCCAUGCAGCAAGCUGCUGCCGACGCUGGUGGUAAUAGUAAUAGUAGUAGCAGCCCUAGUCGUCGUCGGCGUCAGGAUGAGCGGGAGAGCUCGGCGGGCGGGUGCUGCUUGGUGCGUGGCCCCAUCAUCGUCGGCGCGGGUCCGUCCGGCCUCGCCGUGGCGGCGACGCUGCGCCGGCACGCGGUGCCCUUCACGGUGCUGGAGCGCUCCGACGGCAUCGCCGACCUGUGGACGAACCGCACCUACGACCGCCUCCGCCUGCACCUCCCAAAGGCCUUCUGCGAGCUCCCGCACGUCGGCUUCCCGGCCGACUUCCCCGCGUACCCGACCAAGCACGACUUCCUCCGCUACCUCCGCUCCUACGCCGCGCGCUUCGCCGUGUCGCCGCUGUUCGGGCGCACGGUGACGCGCGCGCGCUUCAACGCCGCCGCGUCGCUCUGGCGGGUGACGGCGGUCGUCUCGGCGGCGGACGGCGGCCGGGCGACCGAGGAGUACGCGUCGCCGUGGCUGGUGGUGGCCAGCGGCGAGAACGCGGAGGUGGUGGAGCCCAGGGUGAAGGGGAGGGAGAGGUUCGCCGGGGAGGUGCUGCACUCGAGCGCGUACAGGAGCGGCGAGAGGUUCAAGGGCAGGAGGGUGCUGGUCGUCGGCUGCGGCAACUCCGGGAUGGAGAUGUGCUUGGAUCUCUGCGAGCAUGGUGCAAUGCCCUUCAUGUCCGUCAGGAGCGGGGUGCACGUCCUCCCAAGGGAGAUGUUUGGGACGUCGACGUUCGGCGUCGCCAUGAAACUGCUCAAGUGGCUGCCCAUCAAGCUGGUGGAUAGGUUCCUGCUCCUGCUGGCGAAGAUGGUCCUGGGGGACACGGAGACGCACGGGCUGCGGCGACCCAAGCUGGGCCCGCUGGAGAUCAAGAACAUCACCGGCAAGAGCCCUGUUCUGGACGUGGGAGCAUGGUCGCUCAUCAAAUCUGGAAACAUCAAGAUCGUGGCAGAGGUGGAGUCAUUCACUGGCGGCAGCGGGGUGCGGUUCGUGGACGGCAGCGAGAUGGCCUUGGACGCCGUCAUCUUCGCCACCGGCUACAGAAGCAACGUCCCAUCCUGGCUUAAGGACGGCGACCUGUUCACGGAGGACGGCAAGCCAAGGGCAGCUCAUCGUCAGGAGCCGAGCAGCAACUGGAGGGGUCCCAACGGGCUGUACUGCGUGGGAUUCUCCGGCCGGGGCCUGCUCGGCGCUGGCGCCGACGCGCUGAGGGCCGCCGCCGACAUCGCCGGGAGGUGGCAGGCGGCCGGAGGAGCCAGCAGCAAGACCUCCUCCUCCUCGGUGUAGUACUAGUCCGUCAUCCACAGGCCGCGCAUGCAUAUGGUGCUAGUGUUGCGCCGGCUGCCUUGUUAGCUUAGCUUGUACAUCCGAUCCUGGCGACGACGAUCGAGCAAUGCAAGCUGCCGCUGCGGCCGGCUAUGUGUAUUGUAGCAGAGCAGGAGGGAGACUGGUGAUGACUGGGCGAGGAGCAGCAGGCAGGCAGGUGCCCGGCCUCUGGUGGUGCUAGCUGCCGCCGCGUGCUGAAACAGCAGCAGCAGGCAGGCUGCGCGCUCUCCGAUCCUGUAGUAGUCCUGGUGCUGCCCAGAUAUUACCACAGGUGGUGGGGAGGACGGAGGAGGAGGAAGAGGCCGCCGGCGGGUGACCGGCCGGCGGCCUGCAGCCCGUGCGUGGUGUAGCGUGUGCAGCAGGGGGCCGGGGACCGUGACAAAAAUUUUGCAUAGGACGCCGUUUGUCUCAUGUACCCGUGCAUGCACAUAGGGAUGAAAUAGUGCAGGCGUCUUUUUUUGUCCAGGGAUGCAGUGCAGGCCGUCGUGGUGUCGUCUGCAUUACGUCCCUCCCUAAAUUCCAACACCGCUCUCUGCUAGUUCGAUUCGUUUGCCCCCACUCCAUUGUUCCUCUCUCACACUGGUCCAGUGUGCUGCGAUGUCAUUUCUUCCAGAAAUACCACUUCUUCACAAAGGCCAAGGCGUUUGCACAAACA